GCGGCUCCGCCCUGACAAACAGUCUGCGCCUCCCACAGCCAAACUCACCUGUAAGUUCUUACUCCCACCAUCAGGGUCCAGACGUGACCGAGCAGCACAACAGAAGACCUGCUGAAGAACUGAGCUUGAUACGACACCAUGGCCUCCACGCUCUCUGUGCGCAGCUACUCGGUCCGUCAGCCGUCCUUCUCCAGCGUGUCUGUGAGGGACAGCGGACGCAGCAUCCGCUCCAAACCUCAGGUCCCUGUCAGCACACUGUCUCUGUCCCGCUCUGUCUCUAUGGGAAACGGCCUCAACAUGCUGGGCACCAGCCUCUCCUUCAACGGGCUCGGUAUGGGCGCCAGCGACAAGGAGACCAUGCAGGGCCUGAACGACCGGCUUGCAAAUUACCUGGACAAGGUUCGCACGCUGGAAAGAUCUAACGGCGAGCUGGAGGUGAAGAUCAAGCAGCUGAUGCUGGAGAGGGCUCCAAAAGGACAUGACAUCGAGGGCCUGAUGGCUCAGGCACAUGCCAUCGGACAGGAGGUGAGAAAGAGGACGCUGGAGAACGCGCGCAUCAUGCUGGAGAUUGAUAACGCUAAGCUGGCUGCUGACGACUUCAGGGUCAAAUGGGAGGCGGAGGCCAGCUUGUGCCAGUCGGUGGAAAGGGACUGUCAGGCUCUGAGGAGAGCUAAGUCUGAUCACGACCAGAUCAUCAGCACCCUGCGAGGAGACCUGGACAGCCUGAAGGAGGAGCUCUACUUCCUCAAGAAGAAUCACGGCGAGGAGAUUAAUGCACUAAAGGCACGUCUGGCCACUGAGCAGGUGAGUGUAGAGGUGGAUGCGGCUCAGGGUCCAGAUCUGGGGGCCACCAUGGCUGAAUUGAGGGUCCAGUACGAGGGAAUCGCUCGCAAGAACAAGGAGGAUGCCGAGGCCUGGUACCUUAAGAAGUUAGAGGCAGUGCAGUCGGAGGUGAAAGAAAGCAACGAGGCUCUGCGAUGUGCCCAAAGUGAGCUCAGUGAGAGGCGUCGUUUCCUGCAGGCUCUCGAGGUUGAACUGGACAGCCUCAGGAAACAGGUGAACGUGUUGGAAGGAAACCUGGGAGAAACGGGCCACAAGUAUUCGGUGGAGAUGGAUCGCCUUCAGGCCACACUGACUCAGCUGGAGGACGAGCUGUCUCAGCUGCGUUUGGACAUGCAGCGCAACAAGACUGACUACGAACAGCUGCUGCGCAUCAAACAGAACCUGGAGAUGGAGAUCGCCACCUACAGGAGGCUGCUGGAGGGAGAGGAAAUGGUGAAAGAAACUCCUCCUCCUCCUAAAAAAGACCCUGAGGUCAGGACCAGAAAGAUUGUAAAAGUGGUUACCCAGACUAUGAUCAAUGGAAAGGUGGUGGAUGAGUCCAGUGAGGUGGAGCAGAUUGAGGAGCGCAAAAAAUGAGCCAAAGUGUGUUUGGAGAAGAAGUGAUGUGUCUAAAAGCCAAAGUGCCUGCUGUGCUUCAGAUUAAAUCUCACCACGGCCUUCUUGUAAAA